AUGACGCCCACUCCGCCUUCGACCAACUCUUCCACAGGGGGCCGCUCCCCUGAGGAGCAGUUUCGCGUUGUGAGGAAGAGAAAUCGUGUGCCUUUGAGCUGCUACCCGUGCAGGACAAGAAAAUUGAAAUGCGACAGGAACCACCCGUGCAGCAACUGCACCAAGCGAGAGGGCAUGGACACGUCGUCAUGCUCCUAUGCAGCUCCGGCAACCCGGAAAAAGAGCCAGAACCAGGCUGACGCCACGCCGGAUGACAUGCAGAAUAGGAUCGACCGGUUAGAAGGCCUUGUCCUGUCUUUGAUGCAUGGCGGGGCUAAUGUAGACCCUGCUUCAGCCGCUGCGGCUGGUCGAGCUGCCUCUACGUCGCAGUCGUUAACUGAUAGCGGCUCUUCCGCCAAAGCUGGCCGCGACGAGGGGGUGACAAUGCUCGAAGACGAAAGCGACACGGAAGAGGGACUCGCGGCUUCGCUGGGAGUUUUGAAGGUCGACCCCGACAAGGGCAAGUCCAUGUAUAUCGGCCAAGAGCACUGGCAUACGAUUCUGUCCGACAUUUCCGAAGUGAAGAACUAUUUCAUGUUUCACAAGAAGGAGCUGGAGUCGAGCUACGAGCGUGUCCGGCUAUCAAAACCAAUGGCUGCCCGGGAAGGGCCGACGUUGUUGCUGGGUGCCUUGCCCGCCUCCGAGAUUGAGCUUCGCGCGGAGCUGCCUCCAAAGUCGAGCAUCCUGACCCUGUGCAGCCGUUACUUCAACUCGAUGGACAACGCUGUGUGUAUAAUACACGGCCCGACGUUUUUCAAGCAGCUGAAAAGUCACUGGGAGGACCCGUCAAAAACGCCAAUCAUGUGGCUGGGAUUGCUGUAUUCCGUGCUUACUCUUGCCAUGCUGAGCUAUCACAAAGUUGGUGAUGAGCCUCCUGAGUGGAGAGGCCGGACUUUGGAGCUGGCGUCAGAAUAUCGGUUACGGACAGUACAAUGUCUGAUCAAGGCAGACUAUACAAAGCCGGUCGAGUACACUGUUGAGGCUAUGCUUUUAUACGUCUUUGGAGAGUACUCAUCUCGGUGGGAUGCGGACCUCGGGUUGUGGUUGAUCGUCUCUGUCAUCACGAGGAUAGCCUUCCGUAUGGGAUACCAUCGAGAUGCCAAAUGGUUUCCCAAUCUCACACCGUUUCAAGCUGAAAUGAGAAGAAGAGCGUGGGCGUUGGUCCGCAUGUCUGAUGUCGUCUUUUCACAUCAGGUGUCAUUGCCUAAUAUGAUAUACGAGAACGACUGCGAUACCCAGCUUCCAAACAACCUUUUCGACGACGAAUUCCACCCCGACACCAAGGAACUGCCACCGUCACGCCCCUCCUCAGAACCGACGCCGAUAUCAUACAUGAUUGCGAAAGUGAGGCUCUGCUCCGAGUUGGGAAACAUUUUGCAAGCAACAAACAUGGUCGGCAAAACUGUUCCGUACGACGAGGUUAUCCGAUUCGACGCAAAGCUUCGCCAAAUCAUGCAGGAGCUUCCUCCUCAUCUCCGACUUGGCCAACUGGAGGCGUCUCAGGAUCCGGUGACGUUAAUCAUUGCGAGGUACAACAUUGAUAUCUUGUUUCAGAAAAUACUCUGUCUGUUGCACCGCAAAUAUCACGCCAAGGCCCAGCACAACCCGAGAUAUGCCUUUUCACGACGCAGUGCUAUCGAAGCGUCACUGCAGGCGUUGGAACACCUGACCAAGUUACAUCGCGAAUCCCAGGGGAACGGCCGGCUACGCUCUGUUUCGUGGUACAUCAAAUCAAUUGCGACAAAAGAGUUUACCUUGCCGGCCAUGCUCCUUGUUCUAGACCUUCAUUAUGAUAAUACGGCACGGCAAUCGGCCAGUCCCCCCGACGACGGCUUCGUCUACACUGACGAGCAACGAAGCAAAAUGAUCGCCGCACUCGAGACUGCCAAGGGCAUAUGGGCAGCUCUUGCUCAUACUUCAAUGGAAGCCUUCAAGGCUACCAAAGUCAUUGAAAUCAUGCUAGACAAGAUUAAGGUGCCUAGUGGAGAGGCCAUGGACUCCAACAGCGACCAAGUCCCAUCCCGAACCGAUUCCCUAUCUGCCUCAAUUGUAGGCACAGGUUCAUCACUAGACCAAACGCCCUUGUCGUUGGGCUUUGUGUCUCCCAUCGGGAUCCCUGGCUUUGGUGGCCAAGACCCAUUUUCGCAGAGCAGUGCCUUUAUGGGUAUGGACUUUGGCCUACGGGCUACAAACGGGAACGAGUUUCCGCAAUUUGACGCUCUCAAUGGUAACGGCGCCGGUGCCGGUGCCUCUCCGCUCUCCAUGUUUACAAAUUUGGGCGGCACCGGGGCAGGCGACAUGGCCAAUUUUGACUGGAGUGCAUUCGAGAACUACACACAGAUGACAACUUGGGGAGCAGACCAGAGUUUCCAGAUUUACGGUUCCGGGGAGCAAUCGUCUCCGGAACAGGGGCUGGGCGAUGGGGCGAGUAUGAUGAACGAGCAGCAGUAA